ACAAUCUUUUUCUUUUUUCUGUAUGAUUUAUUUGAUUCCUUAAACCAGUAUAUCGGCUGUGACACAUACUUCUAUGGCAACGAACGAUGUACAAAAUGAUGGGGCAGACGAACCCAACAAGCUUUUCCAAACAGUGGCCUCAAAAGUUGCUUUUGCCGAAAUUUGUGGACUGUUGGAACUGAUCACAAGAACUCAAGGAAAUGACAAAAAGAAACGCAUUCUGAAGGACUUUGUGGACAAGUGGCGAGAAUUCCACAAGACUCUUCACAAAAACAACACAGACGUGGAGGACUCUUUUUACCCAGCAAUGAGACUGCUACUUCCACAUUUGGAGAAGGAACGAGUUGCAUAUGGAAUAAAGGAGAACAUGCUGGCCAAACUGCUGAUUGAGGUGUUGUGCUUGGGGAAGGAUAGCCCAGAUGCGCAGAAACUUCUCCACUAUAAAGCGCCCAAAAAUGCUAAAGGGGAUGCUGGAGAUUUUGCCAGCGUGGCUUAUUUUGUGCUUAAAAAUCGCUGUCCAGAGAAAGGUAGCUUGACGAUUCAAGAGGUGAAUGAAUGCCUGGAUGGUAUAGCCAGGAACAAUGCAGCCAAGAACAAGGAAAUGGUGCGGAAAAACAUCCUCCAUCUUCUCAAGAAUCUGUCGGCUGUCGAGCAGAAAUGGUUGAUCCGUAUGAUUGUGAAAGAGAUGAAGAUUGGCUUGAGCCAGGCGUCCGUGUUAUCUGUCUACCAUCCGGAUGCAGAGGAUUUCUACAAUGUCAACAACAACAUGGAGAAGGUGUGUCGUUUGCUACGAGAUCUGAAGACCCGUGUUCACGAGAUAGGUGUCACAGUUUUCUCCCCUUUCUCGCCCAUGUUAGGAGAACGGGGCGCACCUGACAAGGUUGAGAAGCUGAUGGAAGGAAAACCCUAUUUCAUCGAGACCAAGUAUGACGGUGAGAGAAUGUUAUUACAUAAGGACGAAGGAGAAUACAAGUAUUUCUCAAGAAGUGGUAAUGAUUACACCAGUGUCUUUGGUAGCAAUUCAUUUGAUGGAACUUUCACACCAUAUAUUGUGAACUGCUUCAAGCCAGAAGUGAAAACUUGCAUACUUGAUGGGGAGAUGUUGGGGUAUGACGCCGCAACUAAAACAUUUGGUACAAAAGGUGAGAGGUUUGACAUCAAAUCAGCAGCUGAGUCUGGCACCUAUCAGCCAUGUCUGCAUGUAUUUGACAUCCUCCUGUUUAAUGGCAAGGUCCUGACUAAUCUGCCCCUGAGGGAGAGGGUCAAGUACCUGGAGCGGGUGUUCAACCCUGCGGAGGGGAGACUACUCAUCAGCCAGGUGAAGGAGGGACGCACCAACCAGGACUGUGUAGAUGCACUGAAUGAGGCUAUAGACAGUCGUGAGGAGGGCAUCAUGGUGAAGAACCCUGACACCGUGUACCGGCCCAACACCAGGAAGGGCGGCUGGUUCAAGAUCAAGCCCGAAUACAUCAGCGGACUGAUGGAUGAACUGGACGUGCUGAUCGUGGGAGGGUACUUUGGGGUGGGGCAUCGGGGUGGGAUGAUGUCACACUUUCUGUGUGGAGUGGCUGUGCCUCCAGAGGAUGGGGGAGAGCCUCAGGUCUUCUACUCCUUCUGCAAGGUUGGCUCUGGCUAUAGUAAGAAGGAGCUGAGCGAAUACAACAGGCGGAUGGUGGACCACUGGCAGGUGUAUGACAAAAAGAACCCACCAUCUGCCCUUGUGCUUGCCGCGGGCUUUAAGGAGAAGCCUGACGCCUGGAUAGAGCCCUCAAAGUCUUUUAUAUUACAGAUCAAGGCAGCCGAAAUUAUUGAGAGUGACCGUUUUAAAACAGGUUGCACCCUGCGGUUCCCCAGGGUGGAGAAGAUUCGUGAUGAUAAGCUAUGGUCAGAGUGCAUGACAACACUGGAUAUCGAUGACCUCAAACAGAAGUCUGGUGGGAAGUUGUCUGGGAAAAGACUGGAGCUUGGUGACCAGGAGGAGGUGCCUGUCAAGAAGAGGAGGAAGGUCGUGUCCCGGGUCGUCAAGCCGACCAUUGGGUCGCAGUUCAGAAAGGCCGAUGUCUCAGGUGUGCAGAAGAUUUCAGAGAUUUUUGCUGGUAAAGAGUUCUGUAUCAUCAAUGGGCCAUCAAGAUUUCCAAAGCCAGAGCUAGAGAAGAAAGUGGUGGAGUUUGGAGGAUCAGUGGUUCAAAACCCAGGUUCUGAUACGUUUUGUGUGCUUGCGGAAAAAGUGGCCAUCCGUGUGAAAAAUCUUAUCAGCCGGAAUAUUUAUGACAUUGUCAGGGUAGAUUGGUUCCUGCGAUGUGUGGAGAGUUCCAAGUGGAUUCCAUGGUCUCCAUCUGACAUGCUACACACAUCCCCAAAGACAGAAGCCAGGCUGAAGCUGGACUAUGAUGAGUUUGGGGACAGCUACACAGAGGGAACCACCUGCGGACAGCUGCAAGCAGUGUUUGACAAGAUGAAACCGCAACAGGAUUUCUGUCCUUUGACUACUGAGGACAUCGCUGAAGUAGAGGACAGAUAUUUCCCUGAUGACUCCCCAUAUGGUCUGUUCAGAACAUGCAGGGUUUACCUGGAUUCUCACCUGGUUGUUGGAGACCCCAGCACGCACCUUAAAGACUGUCACCUAGACUUGCUGGCUCUUGAACUCAGGUUUUUUGGAGCGACAUUGACAGAAACUCUGGAAGAAAAUGUGUCUCAUGUCCUUGUUGAUGAAAGUGAUUUAUCUCGUCUGGAUGACCUGAAGAAACGCAGACGAGCGAGGACUCGCAAGUUUUAUAUUGUGACGGAGGAGUGGGUGCGACAGUGUAUCGAGGAAGGGGAGUUGUGCAAAGAGAGAGACUACGAACCAGUUCUACCUUGAGGCAACUUUGGGCACAAAACAUAUUUCUUUUUAAGUGUGUAACUCAAGCUGUUACUAAAUAAUAUAAAAUAUUAUUAUUGUUUUUUAAAGUACUACUUGGUAGUAGAAUUUUGAACCACACAAUCACAGAUAAAAUGUUAUUUCAGUCACGAGUUAAAAAAAAAAAAAAAGUUUGAAUGUGAUGUUUGAAUGGUGAUCCAUGUACAUGCAAUUUUAAAAUCAUUUUAAAUUGGAUUCAUUUGUGUAGUUUAUUUAAGGACUGACAUCAUAAAAAAGAAAUCAAAUCUUCUGUACCAAUCAUCAGUGAAUACUGAGCACCAUUUCUUGAAUAUUUGCUGCUGUUAUUUUAGUCAUAACAUUUCAUGGGACAUGACACAUGUUGUUGGUUGUCAUUGGUGAGGAGUGCAUUCUUAGAACAGCUGGUUACCUCCCUUGAAUAACCAAAUAACUCUCCUUGCUGUCACAGUUCUUCAAUACUGCCUGCUGCAACAGUUUUUUUACAAAUAUUUUAGCUCAGAGUCGUUUUACAUUUUAUCCAAUAUUACAUCUUAUUUUAGUCUUUAACAUCAAUCAAAUAUCAUGUCUGCUGAAAUUUUUAAAUCAAAUGCUGGUUGAUAUCUGUGAUAUUUGUUCCAUGGACUGCCCAUCCAUUGUUUUAUCAGUUAUACAAUCAGGCUUAUUUAGUUACACGGGACAUUGUAUGAAUAGUAAAAGCAGAAUCUGAAAGAUUUUAGUUUUAAAAGUAUGAAAAGUAUUUAGAACAGGUUACUAAGUCAUAAUUGUCAUUUUCAUAGUUGUACACUUUCUUAGUUUUUUUUUAUAGCAAUUUUCAAUCAUCAGUGUCAUUUUUUUUUCUAUAAAACAUGCAUGUAAUAUUUGGACAGGAUAAUCUGCCUACAGUUUUAGAAGUCAAAGGCUCAAAAAUACACUCAGAUGUAAGCCUGCGUCAACUUUUGACUGGAAUAAAGUUCCAUUUGAAAGUUACUGGUGUUUACAUGUAUUUUAUUUAUUUGAUUGGUGUUUUACGCCAUACUCAAGAAUAUUUCACUUAUAUGACGGUGGCCAGCAUUAUGUGGGGAGCAAACCUGAGAGAGCUCAAAUAAAAG